GAUAAUGUAUCUACAUUUAGUGCUGACGGUGGACAGGAUACUGUUGGUCUUCCGCGUAUUGUCAUGGUCACAGAAGGUUCCGACACCUCAGCGUCAUCACCAUCGUCCACAUCGUCUUCUGAGGACAACUGGGCUGAUCUGAUCAAGUCUUCCGAGAUUCCACCGGAAUACUGGCAUAUACAAAAGCUCGUAAAAUACAUGAAAGCAGGUAAUCAAACAGCUACUAUGGUAGCACUAUCGUGCCUCAAAGACCAUGACUUAACAAUAGAAGUGAACCAGCGAGCCAUUCAAGAAAUCGGCGGACUAGAGUUAUUAGUGAAUCUUCUGGAAACAAGAGACUUGUGUUGCAUCUUGGGCGGCUUGGCUGUUUUAAAAGACAUAACACCGAAUAUGGAAAUCAGGAAGAAAGUCACUGAUCUUGGCGCGAUACCCUUACUCGUGGGACUUUUGUCUGAUCCGGCGAGAGAUGUACAAAUAUUGGCUGCAGAAACUAUAGCUAAUUUGGGAAGGAUUCGAAAGAGCCGAAAGUUUUGCAGAAAACACGGCGGGCUACCGAAGUUGAUUGACUUGUUGGAUAUAAAAGAGAAGUACCUAGUUACACCAAGAGACCAACUCAAUCAAGACGAGUUGCAGUUUCUCGAUAUCGCGAGGGCCGGUGCUAAGGCCCUUUGGUCGAUGUCAUCCUCGCAAAGAAACAGGGAGGCUAUGAGAAAGUACGGAAUGAUACCGCUGAUAGGGCGGAUGCUGAAAACCAUUCAUUUGGAUGUGGCAGUACCGGCGGUUGGUUUGCUGCAAAUGUGUGCGAAUGAGACCUCCUUCCAACUCGCCAUACAGACCGAGAAGAUGGUCAAUGAUCUCAUUACACAUUUAGGGAAUGAAGAUAAGGAUUUGAAGACCUACUGUAGUUUGGCGAUUUAUAAAUGUGCAAGUGAUUCAAUAACAAGGGACAUGAUUCGGGAGGCCGGUGGCUUAGAACUGUUGGUUGAAGCCGCCCAGGAUAGCACAAACAGAGCCAAUAAGCCUCUUAUGGCGGCCGUCACUGGCGCUCUCUGGAAAUGCGCUAACAGCGACGCGAGUGUAAAGAGACUGGACACUUUGGGAGCUGUUCCAAUACUAGUCAGGCUAUUAGAUGAUGAAAAUGAUGGAGUAUUGACGAAUGUCGCUGGGGCACUCGCAGAGUGUGCUAAGUACCCACCGAAUCGUGGAAAAAUUAGAUCCUCUGGUGGAACACCUAUGUUGAUACAUCAUCUGAAUAAUACAUACAAACCGCUGUUAGAGAACGUUCCAUUGGUGCUAAUGGAGUGUGCAAAGGACAUAAGUUGCAUGAAUGAAAUUGACGAACUAGAUGGCGUCCGGCUGAUAUGGUCUUUACUUAAGAACGACUCGAAAAAAGUUCAAACUAAUGCUGCUCUAGCACUGAGCCCAUGCGUCCAAAACGCGGCUGACUCCGGAGAAAUGGUGAGAUCGUUCGUCGGGGCCCUGGAGCUGACGGUGGAUCUAUUAGAUUCGGAUGAUCAUAAUGUACUGUCAGCCGUUUGCGCAGCAAUCGCGACGAUUGCGAAAGACCACGAAAACUUGGCGGUCAUAUCUGACCACGGAGUCGUAGCGAAACUUUCCAAGUUAGUAAGCACAACAGAUGACCACCUCCGCGCCAACUUGGGUGUUGCCAUCGCUUACUGCUGCGACUGGGCGCAGAACCGUCAGGAGUUUGGUAAACGCGGCGCCAUCACUCCCCUUGUUAAUUAUAUGACGUCACGCGACCCGAAUGUACAUCGAGCUACCGCUUUGGCGCUUUACCACCUCUCCUUCUACUCUAUCAAUUGUGUUACCAUGCAUGCAGCUGGCGUCGUACAGUUUCUCUUAGAGACAAUAGGGUCCAAGGAUCCGAUUUUACAAGAAGCGUCCGCAGGUUGUCUCUGCAACAUUCGCAAAUUAGCUCUUGCUACGGAAAAAAUCAAGCUCAAACAAUAG